CGUCUAUGGACGACUUCUUACAAGAAUUCAGUCGCGUAGAAAGUGGUGUGUUUUGUAAAUAUUGUAAAUAACUGAAGUGUUUUGUGCUUAGCAAUCUCAUAUCAAGUUCAAAUUAUUAAAUUUGUGUUCUAUGGAUUAGAGAGUUUCAAAGAAGCAUAAAUUUCUCCCCAAAAGGUAAUUCGACAUGGUGAUGGAAGCUGACCCCAUAGCAGGGAAACACACAGAAGAUAGAGUGCACGGCGCAUCGCUGCGGGCGCGGGCGGGUGGUGACGUCAUCGCUCCCGAACGGUCCGUCAGCUCUCUAGACCUUGCGAUGCAGUACUCCGCACCCUCCAAUCUGGUGCUCACUCCUGCGCCGGAAUGUCGGAAGCUGUCCCGCGGGAUCUCCCGGGCCACAGACAACGAAGGCCUAGUCUGGGCCCUCAGGAGCAACACAGAACCGGAGCCCAGCAACCUCAGUUCAGACCACAUCCUGCUGCUGCCAGAUAUAUCUGUCUACCCGCCAGAUUUUAGAACAUUCAUCGAAAAGGACCUCUUAGAGACAGCUACCCUAGUGACCCUAGAGUCAGCUGGUAUCCUUAACUGGUGGCGACAGGGCCGCAUACCAGGCGCUCCAAGACUGCUGCCUCUGGCGACUUCUGGAGACGGCAACUGUUUACCCCAUGCGGCUUCGUUGGCAGCUUAUGGCUUCCAUGAUAGACUAUUGGCGUUGAGGACUAAGGUCCAGGCGUUAUUGUCUGGAGAAGGGGGAGAUGCUCUCACAAGUGCAAUCAAACGCCGAUGGCGGUGGUCAGAGAGCCUCUGCCUCCGCUCAGCAGGGCUGACGCCCUCUGAGGCUGAAUGGGAGCGCGACUGGCAAGACGCGGUCGCGGCUGCGUCAGCGGAGCCCCGUCCGAGACAACCAGCAACCGCUGCGCCGCCGCCAGCGCCGCACUACGCUGGAUUAGAGCAACUUCAUGUAUUGGCGUUGGCGCAUGUCAUGAGACGACCGGUCAUUGUGUUCGCUGAUGUGGCUUUACGGGACUUCCGUGGCGACCCCAUAGCACCGAUUCCGUUCGGCGGCAUCUAUCUCCCACUAGAACUCGACCCAGAGUCGUGCAGCAAAGCGCCGAUACUGUUGGCGUAUGACGCUGGUCACUUCUCAGCGCUAGUUCCCACGGAGCCACUGCCUACAGAUGGCGCUAGGGUGCCGUUGGAAGACCAAACGGGAAACCCACUGCCGAUCAGAUUCAACGUAGACCCAGGCGAUGACUUCCGUUGGGACAUAGAACCUGACCAGAAGACGAUCAACAACCUUCUACCUGAUGAGUACCAGCGUUCCGCCAUGUUGGCUGCGUACUUAGACCUUGAGAGAGUGGAGUGUCUCACGCAACAGCCUUCGGAAGAACUGAGGAGGUCUCUGGAUGCACUGUCUACGAAGAGCUCUAAGCAGAUGAACUCGGUUGCUAAGCAGUUUGGUAGCAUAGGCAGACAAAUGAGUAGCAAACUAAAGAAGAACUUCGGUUCUAUGGCCAAGCUGACCGGGAGAGGAAGCCAUAGCAAUCCAGAGGAAGGUCUAGCGAGACUUUCUAGAACCUGUGAAGUGGUGUGUUGUCGAGUAUUGGCUGCUAGAGCGCCUGUGCAGGAAGAGAUGGUCAAGAAUUACCUAAACGAAGCGUGGAUUGGGUAUACAGCAGAAAAGAACCGCAAAGAAGGCACACCGCCGGCCUCCCAGCCUCGCUACGGCACCGGCCGCUCGCAGUUCUACGCGGAGGCCUCACGGGCCGCCCAUGACGUGGCCCGAGGCCUCGCUCCAAAGUCCAGCCGUCCUGCCCGGGAUCGAACCUUGUACCUUUCCAAAUCCACCUUCUACGACGACCGUCCGCCGUCACCGAAGCCCUGCCGAGCCCCACUGUGUAUGUACUACGGUAGUCCCGCUAAUAAUGAUUACUGUUCAAGGUGUGCGAGGCUGCAAUAAAUGGUUUUAGUUUUUAGUGUAAGGAUAAUAAUUGGCAGUGUUCUGUGUAGAGGCAGCUGCGAAUGGUUAGAGGAUGCGUGGAACUAAAAUCGAUGACCUGUAAGACAAUUGGUAUGAUAAGGCGAUGCUAUUGUAGUUUCGUGCAUAGACAAUUCCAACCUAGAAAUACACCCCGUAUUAGUUGUUACCACUGCUUAGAAGACAUAUUUUUCAAAGAAAAUAAAAAAUAUUUUUAUAUGUAUAAUCGGUACAUAAAAACGUUUUAGUAUAUACUAAAGCCUGGUCCGUAAACACGUGGAAUUUUGUCCAAUGACCCCAAGCUACCCAUC